GCCUCUCUGGCCGCGUCGGUCCGAGGUGUAUCGGCGAUAACCUUUGGGUGGCCCGAUGGGACGCGGUGGCCGUUGGCCACCCUGGGCCGUGGUGACGUUGGGUUCUCACCCGGGUUCUCGCCGUGGAGCGGGGUGGCCCCGGGUGGAGCUGUAGCAUGGGUGGCUUUGGCUCCCUUCCCGUCCCGGUGCGGGAGGAAGGGCAGUGCUCACGGGGACACCCCCCACCCCACCCCCCCCCCCGUUGUCCCCACCAGGCUGGGAGGGGGAAACCAGCGGCGGCUGCAGGGCCACAAGUGAAGGCAGCGGCAUCACCGGGGCGGCGCCACCCAGGACCAGCAUCACAGCAAGAUGGAGAAGGAGGAGGAGACGCGGGAGAUCCUACUCCCCAACUGGCAGGGCAGCGGCUCCCACGGCAUCACCAUCGACCAGACGGACGACGGCGUCUUCGUCAAGCGCGUGCAGCAGAACUCGCCGGCCGCCAAGAUGGGCGUCGUGAAGGAAGGGGAUCAGAUCGUGAGCGCCACGGUGUAUUUCGACAACCUGCAAUCGGGGGAGGUGGCGCAGCUGCUGAACAGCAUGGGGCACCACACCGUGGGGCUGCGGCUGCAGCGGAAGGGGGACAGGUCCCCCCUGGCCGGGCAGGGCUGGGGACACGACGUCUUCGCCGCCAGCAGCCCUGAGGUCGUCCUGAGCGGCGACGACGAGGAGUACCGGCGGAUUUACACGACGAAGAUCAAACCGCGGCUGAAGCCGGAGGAGGUGGCGGCGGAGGGGGAGGGGCUGCACAGCAGGACCAUCACGGUCACCAGGAAGGUGACGGCGUACACCGUGGACGUCGGCCGGCACGGCGGGGCGAAGGACGUCGACGCCGUCGGCCCCGAUUUUACCAUCCGCAUCCCAACCCGGGGGGUCCCCCAGAUCCCCGCGACCGACUGGGCGACGGAGCCUGGCGGAGGCGCCGAGGGC